UGAAACGUUUUACCUUUUUUGACUUGUGAAGAAAGACAAAAUUAGCCUUAAAAAAGGCUAAAUAGCACACAAUAAUGUCAAAGUCUCUCAUUUGGCGCGUUAAUCCAUUUUCGAUUAGGUCGUUCAGUAAGAAGCAACUCUCCAGAUCUAAGAUUAUUAUUAGGAAAAUAAUAAUGCCAGCCGAAAAUAUCGCUGAAGUUAGUUGUUACCCGAACGAUGAAUCUCUUUCAAAUAAGCGACAAAGAUGUGAAUGUGAUGCAAACAAACAUAAUGAUGCAGUACCGGUAAUAAUGGAGUUUGCUAAACUGUCUGAUAACGCUACUACACCGACGAGGGGAUCGCCCUUAGCUGCAGGAUUUGAUCUUUACAGUGCAUAUGACUAUAUUGUUCCUGCCAAAGGUAAAGAGAUUGUGAAGACUGAUAUCCAAAUAGCUGUUCCAGAUGGGUGCUAUGGACGUGUGGCGCCUCGCUCUGGGUUGGCAGCGAAAAGCUUUAUUGAUGUUGGUGCCGGAGUGAUAGAUCAAGACUACAGAGGCAACGUAGGAGUUGUUUUGUUCAAUUUUUCCGAUACUGACUUUAAAGUAAACAAAGGGGACAGAAUCGCUCAACUGAUAUGUGAAAGAAUUUACAUUCCUCAGCUAUGUGAGAAACCUUCUUUGGAUAAUACUGAAAGAGGAACUGGUGGUUUUGGUUCUACAGGAACAAAUUAACUUCUUUUUCUGAUAAGUAUUAAUGAUAUUGUUGUAAAAAAAUGUUUGCUUGUUUUUAGCAUGUUUACCUUCAAAGUUUUGUUUUUUUUUUUUGCUUAGAAAUUCUUGAACAAAGAGAUCUGGAAAUAUCAGCUGGUAUUGUUUAAUAUUGUACUCACGAUUAAAUAUUUGUACACACGUUA